UAGUGAUGCUUUGUUUGAAACUAAAGUGUGAGAUAUAGCGCACAAGAAAACCAUGCUAAAGACAGGUUAUUUGUUUGGAUUUUUUAUCCUUGCCAACGCGGUCUUUGUUGUUUUUCCAUGUAGUUGUUUACGUUCAAAUUCCUACAACGGAUAUUGCGAGUCCAAAAAUGUUCUUGCUGUGAAUGCCAUUGAAUAUACUGAACAUGAAAGGGUGAAUUCCUAUAGGGCAGAAAUUGUGAAAGUAUUCAAGUCGAAAGAACCCGUGACAAGAAGCACAACAACUAUAAACACAUCGAAAUAUGAAAGUUCGUGUGGUACAUCCCUGCCCUUAAAUCAGCCGAUGUUGAUAUCACCCAGCGGAGGUGCGAAUGGUGGAUCUGAAUUCUACAUUGGCUUGUGUGAUUCAAUUAGAAUGAAGUACAGUGAAGAACUUGAAAAUUUCGGAGACGAUUUUGAUUGCAAUUGUAGGGUGGCAACUGGAUUUACUUAUGUGGAUUCUCGCUACCCUAAGAAACAGUUAUGUUCAUUUAUCGGACCUGUCACUAAGCCACCUUGUCCGGGUGGAGAGGGGAUGAAAUGUUCAGUAGACGACAGUGGAGAGUGUCAGUGGCGAUGUUAAUCAGACAUAGCCUGUUCUAUUAUGUUGUGAAAUUCC